AUGGUGGUGCAACCAGAGGGGCUAAAAUGUAGGGUGGAGGAAUCCAGUGCAGAGAGGGGUACAGCCGAGCCCUUCCUGAGGCUCCACAACUUGUACCCCACCCCGCGCUGGGCCAGGCAGACCGCCCUGCCCAGGCUGAGCCGCCGGGCGGUCAGCCAGCACUCCUACCGGCCAAACCGCUUCCCCUCCGUGCCCCUGGACCCCAUGGAAAGCCCCACCUCCCAGGCGGACCUGGAGCUGGACUACAACCCUCCCCGCGUGCAGCUCAGCGACGAGACGUUCGUCUUCCAGGACAGGGGUGGGUGGGUGAGUGAGAACUGUCGCCCGCAGCCCCCCUACUUCUCCCCGUCCUCGUCCUUCCACCACAAGCUGCACCACAAGCGGCUGGCCAAGGAGUGCCUGCGGCAGGAGGAGGACAAGGCCCUGCGCGCGGAGAACCAGGCCCUGCGCGCGGAGAACCGCACGCUCCGCGAGGGGAACAAGAUCCUGCAGGUCUUACGGGAGGUGCACCAGGCCGCGCUGGGCCGCGAGGACGGCCGGGCCUCCUCGCCGCUGCGGCACAAGGACAACGCCUCGUCCCUGGAGGCGGCGAAGAAGGACCCGGACCUGCAGCUCCUCCGGGAGGAGAACCGGGCCCUGCAGCAGCUGCUGGAGCAGAGAGAGGCCUACUGGGCCCAGCCGGACGAGAAGGCGGCCUCGCCCGAGAUGAAACUGGUCCCCUCGCCCCAUGAGGCGCCCCACGGGCUGCUGCCGGGCCAGGGCGCGGGCCUCUCCUCCCGCUUCGAGGAGCCCAAGGGCCCCCAGGCCCCGCGGGAGGACUCCGAGACUCUCCGGGCCCUGCAUGAGAUGCCCAGCAGCCUGUCGGGGCAGCCCAGGGAGGAGGCGGGCAAGGCGGGCCCGGGCCUGCCCGACGGCGGCCAGUCCCUGCAGCUGCUGCGGGAGAUGAGCCAGGCGCUGCAGGCGCUGCGGCAGGAGAACCGGGCCCUGCACGUGCUGCGCGAGGAGCACCGGAUUUUCCAGGAGAGCAAGGCGCUGUGGGAGAACAACAAGCUGAAGCUGCAGCAGAAGCUGGUCAUCGACCCGGUGACCGAGGUCACCGCCCGGAUGGAGCUGCUCAUCGAGGAGCUGUACGCCUUCAUCCCGACCGAGAACAAAGACCCCAAGAAGCCCAGCAGGGUCUGA